AUGGAGGGCGAGGACAACUCUGCUGCAAAUGCAGAAGCUGCAGAAGCCCAGUUGGAGGAUCCCCCUCCCCCCCAACCGAGACCCAGGGGGAGGAGGCGUCGAGCCGCCAUCUACAACCAGGACGAUGAUCCCGAGACACUCAAGGAGAAGAAGAAAAAGAGAGCUGUGGAGCUCAAGCUCAAAAACCUGAAGUGCACAUUCAAUGAGACUACUGAGGUGACUGGCAAGAGACAAAAGAAGGCACCUCAGCGGUUCGAGUUGGUGCCCGUCGACAAACGCAAGUCAGUGGUGGAGAACUGCCAAGGACGUGGAACUCAACUCGGAAACAUCAAUUGGAUUGCCCACCAGCUACGUGCAGCCUCUCUCUACACCCUCCGUUUGCUGCACAGAAUCAUCUACCGGAAACAGGGGAUGUUUGCGGAGAAACAAAUCCGAAAGAGUGUGAUGAAGUUCAGUGGGUUCCCCUUCGAAGCGUCACAUCCAGAAGUCAAGAGGCGGAGAGAGCAGCUGGAAAAGUGCAACAUGAAUUCUCUUCAGCAGUUGAGACAAGUCCUUGGUCUGCGAGGAGGCACCAAAAAUGAAAUGGUGGACAACAUCAUGGAAUUUCUCGUGCGACCCUCCCAGCACAUUGUGGAGGAGUACAUCACAGAGGUUAUGAAUGCCAAAAUGCAGCAGGCUAAGUUUCAGCAGCAACAGCAACAACAACAGCAAGUGAUAACAUCCCAGCAUUCUGUGCAAGACAAGGAAAUGAAGGAUAUGGUUGGACCCCCUAUUCAGUUAGAUCCUGAUCUUGAUCUGAGUCCCUCAUCAUGGACAAAACCUGUUUACUUCAAGGAAGGAAAUGGCGUGAAAUUCAAGUUCAUCCGAGCUGUGUGUGCUAAUAUGCAGAGGGUUUCGGAUGCAUUCAUAGAAUUACUGCAUCGCUUGUUGUUCCUGAAUGUUGAUGAGUUGCAGCUCAUGCGUCGCAAUAUCUUGGAGUUCUGUGGUCUGGACUGUGAGCCUGGGACUCCAAACUAUGUCUAUAGAAUGAGAAUCUUAUCUGUCCUUCCCAUGGAGCAGCUGAAAUUAAUCUGCCAGGUUCUGUGCUUACCCACCUGGCACCGCUCCCGCCAUUUCCUUACCGAGGCCAUCAUGGAUUUCCUUGCAGUACCCAGGAUAUCUGCCAUGAAAAAGAGAGGUGAGAUUCCCCCCUUGUUUUCCGAGGAGUGCUCCUUCACGUUCGAUGGCGCCAAAGCCGGCAAGGACACCUUGCCUGAGCUCAAGUCUGCUGAAUCAGAAGAAAUAGAGAUUGUACCCGAUAUACACAUACCGGAUGAUUGUGAAAGUUCUAGUGUUUUAGAUUGUGAUACUGCUAUUGAAAAUGAAUAUAUUGGAGUAAAGCUGAAAAACUUUUCCAACAUUCACUAUCAAGUGAUUAGUACACCAGCACUGAAAUUAACCGAUGUCCAUAUGAUAUUAUACCUGACGACGAGUGCUCAAAACAACAUCAGAAAAAAUAUUCUGGAGUUUUCUGGUUUCCCUUUCGAUGAAUCCUCGUCGGACUAUCAUUGCAGAAGGGGCUUAAUGGAACAGUUAAGCAUAGACGAUCUGAAAGCUGUUGCCACGGUGUUAUGCGUCUCACAGUACAUUGUGGAUGAGAGUAGGAAUAGUCUUAUUGAUGCCAUUCUCAAGUUUCUACUGAAACCCUCUGCUCUGUUGAACAGUAGCACAAUAAUGCCGACAAUAUCACCUGUGCCAGUUCCCCGGUUGCCAGUCAAAAAGAAGGCAACAUCCACCACUUGUAAAGUUUCACAGAGUUCAUCCUCAGAAGUGGUGGUUUCGGACCUUCCCUCCGGUAUCGUCAUCUCCAAGGUGGAGAGCGUGGCACCCAAGCCCUUUGUUAAUCAUUGCACAAUGAGUAUUAAAAAGGAGGAUCAUAAACCUGAGCUCAAGAAGCUCCAAGCUUGUUUUUCUUCCUCGGACAUCGAGAUUGUCCCAAUACCCCUUCACCGUGAAUCUUCCAGGCGGGAAUCUCCAUGCUCCAGCAUAGAGAUUGUGCCUCUGCCCAUCAAAAAGGAGAAGUGCAAAGUUUCCAAAGAGGAUUCUUGUGUUAGGGAUUCUCCGAUCUGUCCAUCGAGUGAGCUGCAUACCACUAAAAAAGAGAAGGAGUCUUUCCCCUCCACCUCAACACCUAUGUCAUUUCAUAUUAAGAGUGAGCCCUGUGAAAAUUCUUCCCCACCUUCACCGCCUAAAAGAUCACCUGCAGAAGCAGACGAAAACCAAUCGGAUUUCAAGAAUUUGGCUGCAGCUCGUGUGGUACAAUACCUGGGAAGUGAUGAGGAUGACGACCAGCCCCUGUCUAAAAUGAUUGGACAUCCAAAUGAUGACCAGUUGAGAGCUCUUGUGAUCAAAAUCAUGAAGGAGUCAAAACUAGAAGAUGUCACAAUGAAGCAUGUGAUAUGCAGGGUGUUUGAGACUUAUCCGAAUUAUGAUCUAGGAUAUCGUAAAGAAUUUAUUAAAUCCAUUGUCAGACAGAUCCUGUCACAGAUGGACAACCCGAAUUGCUCCGUCUCCACAACGGUGAUCAACAUUUAAGUCCCACCCUGUCAAAUGUGUGCCUAUUCGUGUUCAUGCCCCUGUUUUAACAUUCACACUGCGCGUGCCAUAUCUCAUCCGCAAGCGGAAGGACUUUUCACCGUUUCGUGCACCGUCAAAAAACUUCUAGCAGAAAGUUGACAUCGCUUUUAUCUCGUGUAUAUUUUACAAAGCUUAUGAAAUGGAUUGGUUUACGGUUCUCUUGUUUGUCUUAAAAAUCCCUUUCUUUGUCUGCGAUCAUCCGCUUAUGCUGUCUGUUUUGUUUUGUAACAUUGAAUCUCUGUAUAUUGCUUCAUGACUCCUACGA